ACUUCUGCCUGAAAUGGCCAAGGAAAAUUCCCCUUCCCUAGCUGAAGUUGUAAAACGAGUUGCAGAGCAACAGCAGUCACAGGCAUCAGAUGUUGAAAAAAACAAAGCAGUUCUUUUCCAAUUGCAGGCAAAGUGCCAGGAACUAGAAAAAGAAAUGAAUUCUGUUCUGUUAGAAACAAAAACAACAGAAAGGGAGAUACACCUGCAAGAUGAUGCCAUAGAAGUGACAAAAUAUCACUGUGAAAAUCUGGAGGCCCAAGUCAGAGCCCUGUAUUCUGAAAAUUUAAAAUUGAGGUGUGAUGCAGAAACAAUACAAGAGGAGUUUGAGAUGAAACUUGCACGAAAUAAUGAAUAUCGCGAAAAAAUAAAGGAUCAUAAACAUCUCUUUUGGGAGAUGGAAAGUAAAUUGCCAGUUAUGAUUGAACUUGCUGAAAAGAAAGCGGUAGUGGAAGAAUUAAAGGCAAAGAAAGAGGAGUUAAUAUGUGAUCUGCAGAAUCCAGAAGGAUCUGUUAUAAAACAAGUGCAGGAAGAAAUCACACAUUUAAAAAGUGAAGUCACAACAUUGAAAGAUUUGAUCAAUAAAAAAAGAGAUCUGCUGGAAGAAGAGAAAAAAAAACAUGCUAAGCUUAGAAAGGAAAUUGAGGUACAGAAUAAGAGAUAUGAUGCUAUAUUAAAACGUUUGCAUUGCCAACUGAACAAAGUCCAAUCAAAUAAAAGACAAUGGCACUGGAACAUUCAGCAGUUGGAGAAGAAGGCUGCAGAACUAAGAAAAUGUCUGGGAGUAGUAGAGUUACAAAACAUCAUGUAA